AAUAUUUCCCGAAAUAAUAUCACUGUAGAAUUUUUUUCGACGCCCUUGAGAUUUUCCAUAUGAUCUGCAGAAUCUAUUUUUAUCGGCCAAUGAAUAUUGCGAAUGAUUCUCUACAGAUUUUAUGAUCUAAUGUUCCGUGUGUCGUAAUUCCUACGUAAUUUUGUGCUAUCUAUCGCCAGUGGGAUCGAGUGACGGGUUCGCCACGUUUUAGACAUUCUCCCGUGUUUCGGAUCGCUCAUAUCCUUCUUGCAUCCACCAUUCUGUCGCCAAAAUGAAGAUGCACACGGGCGGAAUCGUGAAGAAUGCUCUGCGGAGCAUUCAGUCACGCUUCUUCAAUGCAUCCCAGAUUAACUAUGCUGCAGCCCAGGCCAAGUUUAAGCCGCACAUGAGCAAGUUUGACGGGGAGAAGGUGAUCGACUAUGAAAAAAUGCUGAAGAAUCUGGAUAUCGUCAAACGAAAGCUGAACCGACCAUUGACACUAUCGGAGAAGGUGCUGUAUUCCCAUUUGGACAAUCCGGAGAAGCAGGAGAUUAUCAGAGGGAAGAGUUAUCUGCUUCUGCGACCGGAUCGCGUGGCGAUGCAGGAUGCUACUGCGCAGAUGGCGAUGUUGCAGUUCAUUUCCGGUGGCAUUGAAACGGUUGCCGUCCCGAGCACCAUCCACUGCGAUCAUUUGAUCGAAGCCCAGUCUGGUGGCGUCCAGGAUUUGUCGCGCGCAAAGGAUAUCAACAAGGAAGUGUACAACUUCUUAGCCACAGCCAGUGCCAAAUACGGUGUGGGAUUCUGGAAACCCGGCAGUGGCAUCAUCCAUCAGAUCGUCCUGGAGAACUAUGCAUUCCCUGGAUUGCUGCUGAUCGGUACCGACAGUCAUACGCCAAACGGUGGCGGUCUGGGCGGAUUAUGCAUUGGUGUCGGUGGUGCGGACGCCGUGGAUGUUAUGGCUGGACUGCCCUGGGAACUGAAAUGUCCAAAGGUUAUCGGCGUGAAAUUAACGGGAGAAAUCAGCGGAUGGACCAGUCCCAAAGAUGUGAUCCUGAAAGUGGCCGGUAUCCUGACCGUGAAGGGCGGCACAGGAGCCAUUGUGGAAUACCACGGACCCGGUGUGGACUCUAUUUCCUGCACUGGUAUGGGCACCAUCUGCAACAUGGGAGCGGAAAUCGGAGCGACGACGUCCAUUUUCCCCUAUAAUCACCGUAUGGCCGACUACCUGGAAGCCACUGGACGGGGUGAUAUUGCCGACGCUGCUAAACAGUACCAGAAGGAGCUGCUGAGUCCUGACAAGGGAUGCAAGUAUGACGAACUGAUUGAAAUUGACCUGAACAAAUUGGAACCCCUGAUCAACGGUCCUUACACCCCCGAUCUGAUGACGCCGGUGUCGGAGCUGGGUAAGCGGGCCCAGGAGAGCGGCUGGCCGAUGGAUAUCCGGGUGGGCCUGAUUGGCAGUUGCACCAACAGCAGCUACGAGGAUAUGGAACGAGCGGCGAGUGUGGCGCAGCAGGCGUUGGAUCACGGCUUGAAGGCCAAGGUGACGUUCGUGAUUACGCCCGGAAGUGAGCAGAUUCGAGCGACCAUCACACGGGACGGCCAGGCGAAGACGCUGAGUGAUAUCGGAGGCACGGUGUUGGCCAAUGCGUGUGGUCCGUGUAUUGGACAGUGGAAUCGCACGGACGUGAAGAAGGGCGACAAGAACACCAUCGUCACAUCGUACAACCGAAACUUCACGGGACGUAAUGAUGCCAACCCCGGUACGCAUGCGUUUGUCACAUCACCGGAAAUUGUGACCGCCCUGGUUUUGGGUGGUCGUCUGGAUUUCAACCCGAUGAAAGAUCCCCUGACUGGCAAGAAUGGUGAGAAGUUUACUCUGCAACCCCCUCAGGGCAAGGACCUGCCCGCCAAAGGCUACGAUCCGGGUGAAGACACUUAUCAAGAGCCACCCCGUCUGGAUAAACGCAAGGAGCUGGAUGUAGUUGUCAACCCCGAUAGUCAGCGACUACAGCUCUUGUCCCCGUUCGAUCGAUGGGACGGAAAGGACUUGGAAGAUAUGCGAGUGCUAAUCAAGAUUAAAGGCAAAUGCACCACGGAUCACAUCAGUGCGGCUGGUCCUUGGCUCAAAUAUCGUGGACAUCUUGACAACAUUUCCAACAACCUUUUCAUCGGUGCCAUAAACGAGGAAAAUAACGAAGCCAAUAAGAUCAAGAACCAAAUGUCGGGAGAAUGGGGCGCCGUACCCGAUGUGGCGCGCAAGUACAAAGCGGCGGGUGUUAAAUGGGUGGCCAUCGGUGAUGAUAACUACGGAGAAGGCAGCUCGCGCGAACAUGCCGCCCUCGAGCCCCGACAUCUCGGUGGCCGCGCCAUUAUCGUUAAGAGCUUCGCCCGUAUUCAUGAAACCAAUCUGAAAAAGCAAGGAAUGCUCCCCUUGACCUUCGCUGAUCCCGCUGAUUACGAUAAAAUCCGACCAGAUGAUAAAAUUUCCUUGCUUGGACUGGAUGAGUUUGCUCCGGGGAAGCCCGUCGACUGUGUAGUCAAACACUCAGACGGCUCGAACGAGGCCUUCCAGUUGAACCAUUCGUUUAACGCCCAGCAGAUUGAAUGGUUUAAGGCCGGCAGCGCCCUGAAUCGAAUGGCUGAUGUUUUCAAAGCGGAGGGCAAAACCAAAUCCCAAAAGAUAAAUAUAAAGUGGUGUGAAAUGUCGCUGUUUGUCGUAAUGUUCGUCUCUUACCAUAUCAAGGUCUUUAACGUUGUCAGCGUUAGCGUUGCAUAGAGUCUAUUGGUUUUUAUGUGUUGAUAUUUAUUUACUUGCGCUCCUAAUUUGGUGUCGUCAGUUGGUGCUUGGUUCCGCUUAAUUUAUUGUGGUUAUGCGGUUUCGUUGAAUAUAAAGAACAUGAAAAGACUA